CCGCCCGUGGACCCUGGGCCUCCGGCACCUCUGACCGUUUCCCACCGCCACCGCACCACGAGGUCGAGUUCGACAAGUACUACAGCAACAGCGCCGCCAUGGACGACGGCGAAGAACCCGGAGCUAGCACUCGCCGGAUUGGCCCUCCCUCCUCCUCGUCGGCCAGCGACUCUGCCAUCGCCGUCGGCACCUCCACCGACGCCGCCAUCAUCCAGAGCACCGAGAACGGCGAGUUCUCUCCGCCUGAUGACGACGACACCCACAGCCUCACCCACAGCAUCCGCCAGCACAUCGUCGAGGGUGGCUUGCGGUAUCAUGCCUACCAUGCCGGCAAAUAUGUCUUCCCGAACGACGAGAAUGAGCAGUACCGCGAGGACCUGAAACACAACCUUACCGUCUACCUGUGCGAUGGCGAGCUCUUCUUCGCCCCCAUCCACCGCCAGCUCGAGGAUGGCGCCGAGGUUCUGGACCUAGGGACGGGAACCGGCAAAUGGUGCAUUGAACGUGUGUUUUUUCUCUCCUCUUCUGGCCCCCACACGGCUGUGGUGGCGAGUGCACGCACGAGCCCCUCAUUCGACCCAAGCUGUCGGGUCUCACUUCUCAAACACAGGAGACCGGCCCCUACGGGCCCGCCAUCAAACCUUCGGAACGAGUCUUUCAGUUUGUGGGUUUGAUGAAGGUCUACAGUUGUUUGAGAUGUCGCGAGGAUCAUGGUUGUGGCUGAUGAGCGCACGGACCAAGGGGAUUCUCUCUUAUUCCAUCUCAUCAUCGUGAUUCCAGUUCAAUUCAACAACCAUUGAUAAUGUUGAGAUGAAUA